AAACCGGGAACGGAUUUAACGUCAUCUCACCUGCUGUACCACAAGAAAUACAACAGCCCAGAUCCCCAGAAACGAUCAAGAUUACACAAGCCGUUAUCAUCUCAGGACGGACUUCCACUGGCUGAAAUCAAGAUGGACCCCACGAGAUCUAUUCCCGGUAUUCUAAAAAUGGCUCCGAGGACAUGACUCGGAAGGUUUCGAUUUCAUACGCAACCUGCUGUGUUACAGAACUACCACGAUCUCUUUUCUUCUUCUUCUUCUUCUUUUGCGCCAUCCCCGAUGGUCUUCAUAGGUCGGCGCAUCUUGGAAAAAUAAACGGGGCUCUUCUUUGGGAACAGGGUCUCUUUUUUGGGGAGGGGUGGUGUUUUUUCCUUUGUUACGGCCGGAAUUUCCUUUGUUCUCAUUCCUUUUCCUAUGUGCUGGAAAUCUCCUUAUCUUAUGAAUUGAUGUAUUUCUAUACCCCCAGGCUGAUUGGCAUAUAGUGCCGUCUGCCUUUUUUCUUCAAACCAAAUAUAACUAGACUUUUGGUUCAUUUUGAAAUCUAUACCCUCUACUACUAGAUCACGA